AUGAAGUUUGCACUUGACCGGCUCGCCACAGACACAUUCCACAUCUACGAUCUCGAUGCUGCGAGACCACCAAAGACACACGAGAAGUCACUUCCCCGUAACGAUAUUCAGAUUGGCGCACUCUCAGAGAAGGCCAUGAUUUGUGUGAACCGGAUCAAGGGGCAAGUUUUGAAGAGGCUGCCCACGCUUACGGAUGAGUCGGUGGUUAUCUUGUUGCUCGACCCCCGAACGAAGUUCACGGUCGACAGUCUCAUUCAACCUCCAAAGCUACGUCAAGAAGCCGUCGUUGGUGGGGUUGUCUCUGAUGAAGGCUCCAAUGUCACCGCUGGGCUCACAGAAGAUGAAGGGCAAGAAGUGCUUCGCAAUGCACACCGAGAAGUUUUUCGGGCAAUCCACGCUUCCAACCCGAACAACAGCCUGCACACGGACGUGGAUACCCCAACAAACCUGGACUUGGUGCCGUCUGUUGACGCCAAGUUGGUGAUGUGUGGCGCGCCAUUGGUUGCUUCGUCUUCAAGCAGCACGCCUGUGGCCAGCCUUCACGACCAAGCCGAUGAAGUCCUCGCGAAGUGGUACCAGCACAGUGUGAACUGGGUACCCGCUGCGCUCCAACAAGCAUCGGACGACCAGUUGACGGAAGCAGAUUUCACCAAGUCCCUCCUAGUCCGACGCAGAAACGACGUUUGCUGGAAUCUGCAAGCUCUAUGCGAGCACAUUGACAUUUGCCAUUGGUACCGUGAGACUGGGGCUGCAACGUUCCCAACAAUUGCUGCUCUUGCCCGUGUAUGGCUAGGCCGGAGCCCUUCGAACGCCUUCCAAGAGCAUGUCUUCUCAACGGGAGCCUUUGUCAUGGGACCUCCUCGUACAAGCACAGACAACCGUCGAGCUGAGACCCAG